CUUUUCGAGUCGAACAAAAAAGCUUAAAGGGUUCUCUUAAACCCUUAAACCUACGCCGCCUCCUCCUCCUCCUUCUCCCAAAACAAUUUUGCUCUCUCUCGCUGUGUCGAAAUUAACACAUAAACCCUACUCUCUAGCCUCUUCUGCAACAGGUUUCGAUGGCUAUUGACGGGAGUUUCAAUCUCAAACUCGCGUUGGAGACGUUUUCUGAACGUUGCCCCAAAGUCGCAGCUUUUCCAUUUUUCAAUUCGAUUCUCAGCAAGGGAGGAGAAGUGGUGGAUAACGAGGAAGUGAUUAAUGUUUUGUCUGAUGUGUUUCUUCACCCGGAGCUUACCAUUCCUUUGGUUCAUUACUUUCUUCCCAUUAUAAGAAGAGUUGUUGAUAGAGUGGUGGGUCUUCUCCACCUAGUGGGUGAUCUCAGCUCAAGUAGUGACUACUCGGACGAUGUGUCAGUCUUGGAAAAUGCGUUGAAGGAAGGUGUUAGUGUCAUUGACUUUUACGUUCGGCGUGGACAAAGGCUGGAGCUUCACGAGUGUGCUUGCUUGGCUUUCAGUCGUGCUCUUCAUCUAAACACGUCCUUGCUAGGGUCUAUUCUAAGUUAUUUUAAGAAAGCUCCACCACCAUACGAGCGGAUUCUUGUGAAAGAAAUCAUUUCUGAGUCGCAGAUGGAGGCUACUACAGCUGCAUACUUGCUUUGUCUUCAAGUAGCCUAUCGUUUUCUGGUUAUUAGACCUGAGGUUUUCUCCAAGCUGUGGGAUUGGUCCUGUUACUUGGAGUCCAUGAAAAAGCUCUCAGACUGCCCGAGCCAGAGAAGAGAUUUUGUGGAAAAGCAUCGAGAGGCUGUGUGGUGUGGGAUACAGAUUCUGUCUGUUGUUUUAAGAUGCACUGACAGAAUGGCAGGAUGUUACGGUUUUGAAGGAGAGGAAGCAUUCUCAUACUUGCUACGCUGGGAAGAAUUUUGUCAGGAUAUAGAAAUAGAAAAGGCUGGAUCAUACAUUCAGUUGCCAACAUACAAGGGGUUGAGGUCUUUUCAAGAUUUUAGUACCCUUGCACCUGGGAUUCACAAGCGACAAUCAGCAGGAGUGGAAGAAAAGGAGCCGUUGAUGAAGAUCCGAAGGCUGGACACCUGGGAUGUCAAAUCUUUCGCUGAACCAUUUGAAAUUCACUCUAGGGUGAAGAAAUCAUUUGAAAUGGUCUCAUUGGCUGUUAGUCAAAAACGACCUGUUCUUCUGUACGGUCCCUCGGGCUCUGGAAAGUCUGCCCUCAUUAGAAGAUUGGCUGAUGAGAGUGGUAACCAGGUUGUGUUUAUCCACAUGGAUGAUCAACUUGACGGGAAAACGUUGGUUGGCACUUAUGUGUGUACUGAUCAACCUGGAGAAUUUAAAUGGCAGCCUGGCUCACUUACCCAGGCUAUUAUGAAUGGUUUCUGGGUGGUUCUUGAGGACAUAGACAAAGCUCCAUCAGAUGUCCCCCUUGUCUUGUCACCUUUGCUGGGAGGCUCAUGCUCAUUUGUGACCAGCCAUGGAGAGGUGAUACAGAUAGCAGAGAGUUUCCAACUGUUUUCAACCAUAUCCACACCCGAAUGCAGUGUAUCACACAUCAGGGAAGCUGGAAAUUCUCUAAGUCCUCUUUGGAGGAGAAUUGUUGUUUAUCCACCAGAUCGUGAAAGCUUGCAAAAUAUUGUGGGUGCUCGGUAUCAGAACCUGAUGCCUAUUGCAGAUAAACUUAUUGAAACUUAUGAAAAAGUCAACUCUGCUCUUCGUCCCCAGUUUUCUAGUUCGACAACUGAAAACUCAGCUACAUUCAGUUCUCCAAGUAGAUUUUCACUAAGAGAUUUGCUCAAGUUGUGUGAACGCGUUCAGGGUCUGCCCUCGUAUGAUGGUCAUGCAAUUUCUCAGGAGGCAGCAGAUAUAUUCUCUGCUUCUUAUAUGUCAACUCAAAAUCGAGUGACAGUAAGUGAAAUCGUGGCUAGCGUUUGGAAUGUUCCUGUUCCAGGAUCUCAUCAUAAGCCCCCAAUUCAGGAACUUUCUAAAACACUUAAAAUUGGCAGAGUUUCUCUACCACUUGGCGAAACUGCGUCACAUGACCGGUCGAGGUUUGUUGAAACACGCACAUCCACACGGUUACUUGAGAAAAUAGCCCGAUCUGUUGAGUACAACGAGCCAGUUCUCUUAGUAGGAGAAACAGGGACAGGGAAAACUACUCUAGUUCAAAAUCUUGCACAGUGGAUCGGACAGAAACUCACAGUUUUGAACUUGAGCCAGCAAAGUGAUAUAGUUGAUCUAUUGGGAGGUUUUAAGCCUAUUGAUGCAAAGCUUAUGUGCAAAAUGUUGUACAAUGAAUUCAUUGAAUUGGGAAGAAAUUCACAGAUGAAGGAUAAUUCAGACGUUAUGACGUGGCUACGAAAAAACUUUAGAGCUAAGAAGUGGGAAACAUUUUUGCGAGGGUUAAAGAAAACUAUUGACCAUCACGUUAAAAAUGGGGAAGAAAGGUCUAGGUCUGGUAGGAAGAGGAAGAAACCGGAAGUGAUUGAGAAUUGGACUCGUCUGUCCAAAAAGGUGGAGAAGAUUCAUCAACAGAUUUGUUCAGGUGGAAUGGUUUUUAAAUUUGUCGAAGGUGCAUUUGUGACUGCCCUCAGGGAGGGGUAUUGGGUUUUACUAGAUGAAGUAAACUUAGCACCACCGGAGAUAUUGGGCAGGCUUACUGGUGUUCUUGAAGGAGUGAGAGGAUCACUUUGUUUAGCUGAGAGAGGGGAUGUAAUGGGCAUUCCUAGACAUUCGAAUUUCCGUUUGUUUGCCUGUAUGAAUCCAGCCACGGAUGCUGGUAAGCGAGACUUGCCGUUCUCCUUCCGUAGCAGAUUUACAGAGUAUGCUGUGGAUGAUGACUUGUGUGACGAUGACCUGGAGAUAUUUGUGAGGCGAUUCUUAGGUGGACGUGAAUCUGACAGUAAGUUAGUGGGCAACAUUGUUUGCUUUUACAAAGAAGCUAGAAGGUUAUCUGAAGAAUGCUUGCAGGACGGUGCUAAUCAGAAGCCACAGUAUAGCUUAAGGUCUCUUUACCGAGCGCUAGAGUAUGCGAUUAAAGCAGAAGGUAUUGGCGGAUUUCAGAAAGCAUUAUAUGAUGGAUUUUCCAUGUUUUUCCUCUCCUUAUUAGAUUCUUCCAGUGCGAAGAUCAUGAAACCACUCAUAGAACUUAUCUCAAAGGAAAGUAGCCGAGCCCAACCACUUCAAAGAUACUUGGGAGAAUUAAAGGGCAGUUCUGAUGAAUCUGUCAAGAAAUAUGUUAAGACGAAGAGCGUGAUUGAACACCUUCAUCAUCUGGCUCAUGCCAUUUUUGUCAAAAGAUAUCCUGUUCUCUUACAAGGACCAACAUCCAGUGGAAAAACAAGCCUUGUCAAAUAUCUUGCAGCGUUAAGUGGAAACAUAUUUGUUCGAAUCAAUAAUCACGAGCAGACUGAUAUCCAAGAAUAUUUGGGUUCCUAUAUGACUGAUUCUUCAGGGAAGCUUGUAUUUCAUGAAGGAGCGCUGGUGAAGGCAGUCAGGGAUGGUCAUUGGAUUGUCUUAGAUGAACUAAAUUUGGCCCCAUCUGACGUCUUAGAGGCACUAAACAGACUGCUUGAUGACAAUAGGGAGCUUUUUGUACCUGAGUUGGGUGAAACAAUCUCAGCGCAUCCUAACUUCAUGCUCUUCGCUACACAGAACCCUCCUGCUUCAUAUGGUGGACGCAAAAUACUGUCUCGAGCUUUUCGUAACCGUUUUGUGGAGAUUCAUGUUGAUGAGAUUCCAGAAGAUGAACUGAGCGAAAUUCUUUUUGAGAAGUGUGAGAUUGCAAAGAGUCACGCUACGAAGAUUGUUGAAGUGAUGAAAGACUUGCAGCGCAACAGGCAGAGUAGCAAAGCUUUUGCUGGAAAACAUGGAUAUAUAACUCCAAGAGAUCUAUUCCGGUGGGCAGAUCGUUUUAGGACUUAUGGAGGUAAAUCAAAUGAAGAACUCGCCAGAGAAGGGUAUUACCUCCUUGCAGAAAGGCUGCGUGAUGAUAGUGAGAAGCUAGUUGUUCAAGAGGUGCUGGAAAGACAUUUCCGGGUCAGUCUUGCAAAAGAUGAUGUGUACAAAGAGGAGCUUCUAAAGCUGGAACAGCCAUUUUCCAUGAAAAACGAAACAGUUAGCUGGACUCGAAGUAUGUGGAGACUAUUUUUUCUCAUCGAACGUUCUUAUAAACUGCGUGAGCCUGUUCUUCUUGUUGGUGAAACUGGCGGAGGCAAAACAACAAUCUGCCAACUACUAAGCGAGUAUAAGAAGCUAAGGUUGCACAUCCUUAACUGUCAUCAAUACACAGAAACAUCUGAUUUCCUUGGGGGGUUCUUUCCUGUAAGAGACAGAUCCAAAUUAGUUAAGGAAUACGAGAAUCAAGUCGAGCACUUGAAGCUAUCUGAGGCAUUGGUACCUUUUAGUCAAGAUAUUGACUUUUCUGCAGAUAUUGGUAGAGCUGAAGUGUUGAUCAAAUCAAUAGAUGCAAUUCUGAAAAAGUACAAAAAUGACUCCGUACUAGGAAUGGAGGUCACACCACUGAAUAUUGAGGUUCUUCAGAACAUGAGGGACACUAUGGUGAUGCUGUAUCAGAAGUGGCGUGCAAUUUUUGUGUGGCAAGAUGGUCCCCUUGUGGAAGCAAUGAGAGCUGGAAAUAUCUUUCUUGUGGAUGAGAUAUCGUUGGCUGAUGAUAGUGUUCUAGAAAGACUGAACAGUGUGUUGGAGCCAGGCAGGAAAUUGUCGUUAGCUGAGAAAGGUGGUCCUGUCUUGGAGGAAGUUGUAGCUGAUGAGAAAUUUUUUGUUCUUGCUACCAUGAAUCCGGGUGGUGAUUAUGGAAAGAAGGAAUUGUCACCUGCACUUCGUAACCGUUUUACUGAGAUAUGGGUCCCUCCUAUUUCAGAGACUGAGGAGCUCAGAAGUAUUGCUUCUUCUGUCCUUAGCAACUCAAAGGAAUCUAAUAUCGUAGAUCCCAUUAUCCACUUCUGGGAAUGGUUUAACCAGUUGCAGACUGGAAGAACGCUUACUGUCAGAGAUCUCCUCUCUUGGGUUGCGUUUGUCAAUGUGAUACAUGAGAGUGUAGGACCAGCAUAUGCUAUUCUUCAUGGAGCUUUUCUCGUGUUACUUGAUGGUUUAAGUCUUGGAACUGGUCUGUCUGGGAGAGAUGGUAAAGAUCUGAGGGAAAAAUGCUUCGCUUUCCUCUUACAACAACUCAAGGUUCUCACUAGCGACACACUCCCUCUGGAUAUUUCAAGAAUGGAGCAAUAUGGCUGGGGUGAUGCCAAAGCAAUUUGUCAAGAAAGCAAGAGUGUUCUGCGCGGAGACAUGUUUGGCAUCGAUCCUUUUUACAUAAGUAAAGGUGAUGAAACUCCUGAAACUGGUGGAUUCGAGUUCUUAGCACCAACCACCUGCAGGAAUGUGUUGAGAGUAUUGCGUGCAAUGCAGCUUUCAAAACCAAUAUUAUUGGAAGGUAGCCCUGGUGUUGGAAAAACAAGUCUAAUAAUGGCGUUGGGUAGAUAUUCUGGCCAUAAGGUUGUGCGCAUAAAUCUUUCAGAGCAGACUGACAUGAUGGAUUUGCUGGGAUCAGAUUUACCUGUUGAAAGCGAUGAGGACAUGAAGUUUGCUUGGUCUGAUGGAAUUCUCUUGCAGGCUCUAAAGGAAGGUUCCUGGGUUUUGUUAGAUGAACUAAAUCUUGCCCCACAAUCCGUUCUAGAAGGUUUGAAUGCCAUUUUGGAUCAUCGUGCUCAAGUCUUCAUCCCAGAACUAGGCUGUACCUUUGAAUGCCCCCCGACGUUUAGAGUUUUUGCAUGUCAGAAUCCUUCUUCUCAAGGUGGUGGUAGGAAAGGUCUUCCCAAGUCUUUCCUUAACCGAUUCACAAAAGUGUAUGUGGACGAGUUAGUUGAAGAUGAUUACCUCUUCAUAUGUCGCUCGCUUUACCCUUCUAUUCCCAGUCCAUUGCUUUCAAAGCUUAUUACUCUCAAUAGACAGCUACAUGAUGGUACUAUGGUAGAUAGAAAAUUCGGUCACGAUGGCUCACCAUGGGAGUUCAAUCUACGUGAUGUGAUCAGAUCAUGUCAAUUUGUGCAAGGGGGAAAAUAUGACUUAGAAGUUGAAAGCUUUCUCAAUGUUCUGUAUGUUCAAAGAAUGCGUACCGCGACUGACCGGAAAGUAGUUCUGAGUAUCUAUAAGGCUAUUUUUGAUAAAACCCCUUCUAUAAAUCCGUAUCCUCGAGUUCAGCUAAAUCCUGGAUACUUAGUUGUGGGAACUGCUGCUGUUAAACGAAAUUUCACUCAGUCUAAUAUUUCCAGUGAGCAGUUGAAGAUUUUGCCUGAAAUCCGUCAGAAUCUGGAAGCCGUUGCACAUUGCGUGCAGAAUAAAUGGCUGUGCAUCCUAGUUGGACCAUCGUCCUCUGGAAAGACUUCAGUGAUCAGAAUAUUAGCUCAGUUAACAGGAUUUCCGCUUAAUGAAUUAAAUCUUUCAUCUGCGACUGACAGCUCUGAUCUUCUCGGUUGUUUUGAGCAGUACAAUGCAUUCCGUAAUUUCAGAUUGGUGGUCGCUCGAGUUCAGCAUCUUGUUGACGAGUAUAGCAGUUUGUUGUCACAGUCUUCCCAGGUGACCCUUUUGAGCAAGAGCAAAAGCCUAGUGUCCAGCUGGCUUUCCUUUUUAUACAAGAUUGAUUCAUGCCUCUUGGAAAACCCUUCAUCCUUCUUGAACGACGCUGACUCGCUCUCCAAACUAACUGAGAUCGUAGAAUAUAUGAGUAAGGUCUUGGGGGAAGGUUUUUUGCCCGUUAGUUGGUCAAGAAAGUGUCUGGACCAAAUCACGAAGACAAUAGUGAAGCUGCAAUCUGAAGAGAAAAAACAAUCAACGAAAUUUGAAUGGGUGACUGGAAUGCUGAUAAAGGCAAUAGAAAAUGGAGAGUGGGUUGUUCUUGAAAAUGCAAAUCUCUGUAAUCCCACGGUACUUGAUAGGAUCAACUCUUUGGUGGAACCUUGUGGAUCAAUCACUAUAAAUGAAUGUGGGGUUAUAGAUGGCGAACCUGUUACUGUUACUCCACACCCUAACUUUCGUUUGUUUCUGUCCGUUAAUCCCAAGUUUGGGGAGGUGUCAAGAGCAAUGCGGAAUAGAGGCGUUGAGGUAUUUAUGAUGGCGCCACACUGGCAGCUCAAUGAGGAAGCCUCUAACAGUGAUGAACUUGUGCUGAGAGGUGUGAAAAGGUUUCUUGCUCUAUCAGGUAUUCCGGGUGAUAAGCUGGUUGCGUCCAUGGCCAAAGCGCAUGUUCAUGCAUGGCGCAAUGGUCAAACCAUUGGUGUACGGAUAACGUAUCUUGAGCUUGAACAGUGGGUUCACCUCUUCCAACUGCUGCUCAUGAAUGGUAACCAACUCCUGUGGAGCUUACAGCUAAGUUGGGAGCACAUCUAUCUCUCUUCCCUUGGAGUAACUGAUGGAAAAGAUGUUGUUGAUCUUGGGCGUGAUACGUAUUUGUCAGAUACUGAAUCAUUUAUGGGUGGGAAUAUGUGCCUGUCUGGGGGAUGGCCAAAGCCUUUCAAUUUGAGAGACUUGAUGUGGUACUCAAGAGAAACAACUGUCAGGCAGAAUUGCAUGUAUCUGGAGUUUCUAGGAGCUCAAUACGCAUCACAUCAGACUGAAAUAACCUACAAUGUCAAGCUGAGAGAUAGGGAUUUGGCUGCUGGGGAACGGAGAAUAAUUUAUACUGCCGAUUCUUGGACGCUAAAUAAAAUCUUGUUUCCUAAAGCCUUAAUUGGGUCAACCCCUGCCGCAGAUACAGGAAAAAUUGACCAUGAUUCGGCUUCAAAGAAGCUAUUGUAUGCUGCCAACUGGACAAUGGAACAGGCAACCGAAGAGGACAUUCAACUCUAUCUGGUGUGGAUUAGUUGGUUUGGUUCCAGGCUGCAACAAUACUGCCCCUUUUUCCUGUGUUUUCUCAAUAUGUUGAAAGAUGAGUUGCAGCAUCCAAUCUGGAGUCAUAUAUCCAGAUGUCGAAAAAACCUGAAAUCCCUCUGCAUAGUGGAUCCAGAUGCUGUUCCAAUCCCGAUGAUGUCCUCCAAGUUGAUUGACAUAGCAGCAGCGGAUGAACAGUCAAAGCCCCUUAGUAAAACCCUCUUUGAGUCUCUUAGCUCUGUUGGCGUUCUUCGGCUUUCCUCUCAGCAGUGGGUUGCAGAAAAUAACUACAACCACACCGAUGUAUCCUCUUUUAUUCGCUUUUUGGAUUCCCUUCGCGUUUUGGAGAAGAAAAUUCUUUGCGAAAUUGUUGGAUCACCUUCUUUCUCUGUGUUGAUUCAGUUGUACACUGAAGUUAUUGAAAAACAUUCAUUCUUCUGGUCUGAUCUACUCUCGUCUUCAGAUGAGUGUAAACUGUUUUCCUUCUGGUCACUAAUAAAGGCUGUCAAAAAGUUGGAGAGUUCUUUUCCAGAAGAAGUUCAUGUGGUUUUGGAGGAAAGCAAAAAUAUUAACAAUAUAGCUUUGCAUGGUGAGCCAGAGAAGUCUUUACUAUGGGCGUAUGGUGGCCAUCCUUCCUUGCCGGUUUCUGCUGAGUUGUACCUUAAGCAGCAGAAGUUUCUACAGCUCUGCAGCACGAUUUGGCCAUUAAAAUCAGAAUCAGAUGGGCAAGGAAAUGAUCAUCUUACCAAAGCCAUUGCAUUUUCUGGCCCUGAGUUAUGUUUGCUUGCCUUGGAAGGUCUUUGCAUUUCAUCUUACAUUGCCGACAAGGAUGAUGCAGCUGCUGUUCAGCUGGAUGAGAUUAACCAGAUGUUUUUGGAGAGGAUGGAACUAGAGAAGAAGAGACUGCAGGAUAGAAUGGUUUUCAGUGAGAAUGAUAAUAUUGAAAAUAGAUCUGCGGCAUGCUGUAUUUUCCGUCCAGAGAUUGUGGCUACAGGGUUUGGCUUUAGCAGUUGGAUGGAGAUAAGUUCUAUUGCUAGAAGUGAAAGUAGUUCGUUAGAUGUAGAGUUACUUGCUGUACUUCAGCACCUCUUGGUGUCACGAUCUACUGAACAUAAGGAUCUUUUGGAUGUUCGUAAUCUGCUUAAACCUGCUCUAGAGUAUUCCUUAUCCUCAACAAGACCUCCACAGACUCUUGUAGCUCAUCAAAAACUACUGUGGGCAAUUGAUGCCCGUGCCUCUGUCCUCCGAGUGGACACCAAAAUUGCUGGUUUUGUUCUCGAAAUGUGGUACUGGUGGCAUUCUGUUUUGUGGAAAAAUUGUCAAAUUGGUCUCAUGGGCCUACAGAGUAUCUCAGAGAUCGGUAACUGUCGGGUUAUGUCGCCUUCUAUGCUGAUUCAUCCUGUGAAAGCAGCUACCAUUGAUCAUAUUCUGGAUACUGCUUUUGCUGUUAAGGACUACCCUGUUCAAUCGAUGAAAUUUCUUUCUGCUUCACGAGUUCUAUGGAAAAGCGCACAAUCCUAUCAAGAGAUGCCUGGUUCUUUACUGUCACUAGCGCGUUCCCUUUUCCAACAGAUGGUGUAUACGCACCAAAAGUCAUAUGAGCCUGAAGUGUUUGCCGAUAUCAAGUCUGCAUUUCAUGCGGUUGAGAAGAAACAGACCGAGAUUGAUGGCAUUAAGUCUCUCAUUUCACUAAUCAGCUUAUCAAGCCAUCAGAAAAUGAAAUCUGUUACUCGCUCGUUUGUCGAACCAUUGGCGAAACAUCUUUAUUUGGAGUGCUCAUCAAAUGAUUUCUACUCCAAUCUUGGUCUGGCAUGGAUUUAUCUUGGAGGACUGCGCUUCAAUCUUUUGAAUAGCUUGAAUGUUAUAGAUCCAGCCAUGAAGAUCACUUGUAAGCUGGCAGAACUACAAGAAAAAAUUUCAUCGCUGAAGCUAAACAUAGAGGUGCGGGAAGAAUGUGAGUAUCUAUCUGGAUUGCUAUACACUGGUGACAGUGACGAAAGAACUGAAUGUAGAUUAUCUAAGCUUAAAACUGAGCGUAAAAAGUUGCGAAGAAAGGUUAUUUUUCGCUCUGAUCCUAAUAAGUACCAGAAUUUAAGAAGAGCGCUGGAUGAGUUUGCGGGAUUUCUCACACGUCCAAUAAGUCUGGUUAAGGAUAUUGACAAGCUUGACUGGAACCAGGUUGUUGAGCAAGUUUUCAACUGGCAGGAGACGGCAACAUCGUUUAUUGAUCGGUUGUCCAGUGACUAUUCCGAAUAUGUUGAUAUAACUCAGCCAAUACAAGUUUCGGUAUACGAGAUGAAAUUGGGUUUAUCACUCUUUGUCUCUGGUACUCUCUUGGGAAAAAUUCUCAACAGAUUUGACGGAGACACGGUUGACUCAGUCAUGGAAUCAAUCUAUGCCUUAAUGAGAUUUCCAAGGGGCUCCUCCUUGGCUUCAGCUACCUACAUUGAGAGCUUGCCACCGCUGCACCUUUCUCAUGAUGCAGAUUCUCGUGUUAAGUCCUUAGGUUUGGAUGUUGGCUUGCUGCACAAACUGAUCUCUGUUUCAAGUGCACACGAUACGAGAAAAGUCUCCGAGUUGCAAUUCAAAACUACUCUAUAUAAAAAUAUGCAUGCUCGUGUUUCGCACUUUGUUGCAAACACUGGGCUUAUGGAUAAAGCUUCUUUUGAGAUAUUGGAUAGCAUAUAUUUUGAAUUGGCGAGAAAUUGGAUGGAGAUGAAGUUUCAAGUGAGAACAAAGGCUGACGCUCUUUCUGGGCUGUACAAAUUUCGUUCCCGUGACUUCAAAAUUGAGAGUGUCAUGAAAGUAGAUAUAUCUGCCCUUGGCAAGUACUUCCCAGAAGAUAGUUUUUGGCAGGAGUAUCUGGCUGAUGAUGAUAUGAAUCUUAUGACGCAAACUGACCAGGGUGACGAGAAUUUGGAGGAUGAUUGGGACUUGAUACAGGAGCAUGUAGAUAAUAUAUAUAGCACACAUAAUGAGUUAUUUGGUUUCUCUGACCUCUCUGAAAAGACUGGAAGAUGUAUUACUGAUAGUCAAAGGCUGGAUUCAUUCACUGAUUCCUAUGAACUGGGAGUCAAUAUGAUCAAAGGGCUGAAGGGUCUAUUUACAUCAAACUUGGAUGCAAAACUUGUUCCAGAACACCUGCUUCGUCUUUGCAUGGAAUACAAAAAGACCUUCACUUCAAACGAUAUGUCUUCCAGUAAAUACAACUUCUACAAGGACUUUGAUGGUCCUGAGCUGGGGAAAAUGGUCAAGUUUCUCACUCCUCUUCAAUUGAGAAUUUAUUCUCUAUUGCAAGAACAAGAGGAACAUCCUGGUCUUCAGAAACUUUCUGAUAUCCUUCGAAUGCUCAUGGAUAUUCCUUCAAGGACUCCGCUGGCAAAGGCUCUUCCAGGAUUGCAAUUUCUGAUUUGCAAGGUCCAGAAGUUACAGGAAGAGGGAUGUAAACUGCCCAUCUCUGAUCUUUUGGAGCCAAUUAUUUCCCUCGCAAGCUCUUGGCAGAAGUUAGAAUUUGAGUGCUGGCCUACAUUGCUUGAUGAGGUUCAGGAUCAGUUUGAACUAAGCGCAAGGAAGUUGUGGCUUCCUUUGUUUUCAGUUCUCUUCCAGAAGGAUUGUGUGGAAUUUUCAGAACAUGGAAAUGAGUCUAUUUCACAAAGUUUGGUGGAGUUCAUUGAAACGUCAAAUAUUGGUGAAUUUAGGAGACGUCUUGAGCUUCUCCUUUGCUUCCUUCUUCAUUUAAGUAUGGGUAGCUCGUUGGGAAUAUAUUCAAGUGAUUCACACAAGAGGAAGGUUGAAAUUUGCUACAAUAUUUUUGGAUUCUAUAUUCAGUUUCUACCAGUUGUUAUGGAGCAGUUAGAUUUGAAUAGAAAAAAUGUUGAAGCUCAGUUAAAGGACCAUCUAAAACUUUGUCGGUGGGAGAGGCCAGAUAAUCAUCUGCUCAAUCAUACCAUUAAAAACACCAGGCAGAAGGUCAAGAAGCUGAUACAGGAUUUUACUAACACACUGCAGCGCCCUGUAAUGCUUGACAGGCCAAACCUAGCAAAGGAAAGAGUGCAAUUUCUCCCUCUACUUGGUCCAGAUCUAAUAAAUGGUGCCUCGAACAUGAGGAUCGAGGUUCUAGUCAGUAAUUUAGAUGCAGAACAAUUGAAUGACAGGUUUUCCUGGUAUGCUGUUUGGAGAAAUAAGUUAAAGGAGUCGGUAGGACGCUUCCACCAAGAAAUGCAUUUUAAAGAAUUGCUGACGGGUGAAGAUCAUCAGUACCCUUCCCCUGUCUAUCAGGGUGAUUGGAAAAUUUUGUGGAGUACAGUUUCUAAGAUUGGUGAGAAGAUAGCUAGCUGUUCAGAUCUAUGGAGAAACAGUGAUAGAGAUGUUGCAAAAAAGAGGGCCUUGCCUGACCUUCUCAAGUCAUUGGAGCAAUGUGGUUUGCAGAAACACAAGUUUGAAAAUGUAGAGAUGUCAAAUCACUUUAAAGGGUUGCUUUACCAGCCAGCAUACGAUCCAAAUCAUCUGUUGCUGCCAACACAUACCAAAGGUAGCAUACAUACUUCCAGGGUUGUCGAAGACCAAAACAAGGAAAGAUCACUGGCUGAGUGGAGAGCGGCGAAUGAAUUUUACUUUAAGAGCUUGGCUUCAGUGCAACUCAUGUUAAAUAUUGAACGAAAACACUCAGAUAUUACAGCCGAGCAGGUCAAGCGCUCAAUCUCAUUUCUCAACCAUCUUGUGGAAAUACAACGGCAGCAAAGGAAAACUGCUUACGGUUUUGCUGAACUUCUAAACUGCUUUCGCCAUCGUGUUUUACCCUUAGCAAAAUUACUUGGAGAUUCAGUUGAGGAGGACAGAAAGGAUGAUUCUUUGUUGAGUUUUCCCCAAAAUCAACAUGCUAUAUUCAGUUGCAUGUGGCUACAAAAGCAACUAUUUGAUAAGAUUAGUGCAAUGCUUCUGGAGGAAUUGGCGUUGCUGAGAACAAUUGGAAGUACACACUUGGACUCCUGUCAAAGUGUUAAAACUUCAUCACAUAGUUUACUCAGCUUAAUAGAAAAGCUAAUUCCCAUCGCUCAAAAUUCUAAGGCUUCACUGGAUAGGCUUCUACUUGAUUCCAACGGUUUUAUCAGUACGCCAAGUAGCUGUCUUAAUCAGUUUGUCACACAGCAUAUGGUUAAGCUGCUAUGCCAUAACCUUGACCAGCUUACGGACCUGGAAAAUCAAAUUUCGUCUUUCUGUGAAGACAAUGAGAAAACCUAUGCUACAGACGUUCUUCUUAGUCAUUUUUCCCCCUUCUUUAAAGAGGGGAAAUUACUGGCUGAAAAUCUGAACUGUUUACUUGAAACGGGAGACCAAUCAAAUGGAAUGGAACCCAAGGAACAAGCUGCUUUUGAAGCAAAUUUGGCAAAUGCAUUUGCAAAUGUUAAGGAUGUGAUUGGAAAGCUUUGCUCUUAUAAAGACGGAAGUGUAUCUCAGGAAGAGGAAGGGAAUAUUCUUAUGUGGGAUGGUCUGUUUAAGAAGGCAGAAAAUGACCUGAGCCUUGAUAGCCUAUGCAAACUGCUGUCAGAAACAUUUGGUUCCAUUGAAAAACUAUUGAACUCAUCGGGCGUCCUUUCAGCUUGUGUUGGAGACCAGUUGAAGCAACUUCAAGCAUUUUUGGAUCUGUUAUUGAACUUUGGCGAUUCUUACCUCCAAGAGUUUUUAACGAUAAGUAAAAGGGUGUCAUUGAUAACCCAUGUCCUUGCAACCGUUCUGGCCGAUCUAUUUACAAAAGGGUUUGGCAUCUCCAAAAACGAUGAAGAUGAUGACUCUAAAGCUGAAAAAUCAGAAGCGGCAGAAGGCACUGGAAUGGGAGAUGGUGUGGGAGCAAAAGAUGUAAGUGACCAAAUCGAAGAUGAAGAUCAACUGCGUGGCACAGAUAAGAAGGAAGAAGAAGAGAAAGAGCAAGAUACUCCGGACGAUGUGCUGGAUAAGAAUAAAGGUAUUGAGAUGACGGACGAAUUUGAGGGAAAAGAAUAUAGUCUUAGUGAAGAUUCGGAAGAAGAAAAGGAGGACGAGGAAAGCGGCGAUGAGCAGUUGGACUCUAAAAUGGGAGAUGCGGGUUCUGAUGCUGAAAAAGAUGAUGAAAAGCCGUGGGACAAAGAUGAAGAUGAGGAGGCAGGCAAUAAGAAUGAGAAGAAUGAAUCGGGACCAUCUGUUGCUGACAAGGACACAAGUUCAAGGGAGCUACGAGCGAAGGAUGAUGAUGAUGUUGACACUGCCGAUGAGCCUGAGGAGUCCAAUACUUCAGACAAACCGGAAGAAGGAAACGAGGAGAAUGUGGAUCAGGAUAACUGUGGUGACCCAGAAAAUUUAGAAGAUGAAAUCAAGAACCAAGAAGCACUUACAGAUACAUCUGGCCCAACUCCUGAGAUGGGCAAUGAACAGACUGAUGAUGCCAUGGAGAUUGACGAAACAGAUGAGGUUGAAAAGGAAGAUGAGCAGGAAGAACCUUGUCCGGAAGAUCAAAAGCAUCCUGAAGAAGUUGAAAAUGAUCAAGAGACGCAAGAGCCUGCUGAGGAAACAAUGGAGGCUGGGACUGAAGAUGUAUCUGAAUCACCCCAAAAAGAGGAACCUGGAAAUGAUCUUGAACAGAAAUCUGAAACGGAACCGAUUGAGGGAAAAGAAGUCAUGUCAGAAGACAUGAAGCCGAACGUCUGUGAUGAUAAUAUUUCUGGUGUGGACGCUGGUUCACACAAUCCUCAUGGCUCUAACGGAUUGGGGGCAGGAAGUACAGCACCGCAAGAAAAUUUGGCAGCUACUAAUGUUUCGGAGGAGCUAACAGAUUCAAUGGAUCCGCCUUCGGGUAGUAAUACUGAGAUGAACCUCACGAUGACUAGCAUGGCCAGUGGUGAGACGUUGACAGACAACAUACCAAAGAUGGAAGUUCCUCAGAGCCAGUCAUCUACAUCUCAGCAAACCAAGGUGAAUCCUUAUAGGAACGUUGGUGAUGCAUUGAAGGAGUGGAAAGAAAGAAUUAAGGUUUCCUCAGACCUUGGAGAAAAGCAAGAAGCCGAAAAUGAGAUGGAAGACCCUGAUGCCGGUGAAUAUGGAUUUGCUUCUCAGUUUGAUGAAGGAACUUCCCAAGCUCUAGGACCUGCGUUGCCUGAGCAAGUGAACACAGAUAUGAGAGAGGGGGAAUCCGAGGACGAAAAACUCGCAGGUAAUCAAGAUGAAGCCUCCCCGAUGGAUAUUGAUGAUGCGAACCCCGAAAACAAACCUGCUGUUCAGUCCAAACCGUCUAUCAUGAAUAGCACCGCUGAACCAGUCCAGGAACCAGAUACAGACAGGACCCUCCAAGAGAACUCGCCUAUCCAGAAUGUUGGUGAUGGUAACAGCAUGAUGGACUCUAUGGUCUCUGUUGACAAUACGUUCAUGGGGGAAGAUGCAUGUAAUCCUGACUGGAUGCAAGUGGCCGAUAAGGACACGGAAAGCAAUCAGGAUAAUGAAGAUCCUGAUGCCAGAAGUAAUGCAGUUAUUCUUUGGAGGAGAUGUGAGUUGCUUACUACGAAACCGUCUCAGGAGCUGGCUGAGCAGCUGCGCCUUAUCUUGGAACCGACACUUGCUAGCAAACUCAGUGGUGAUUACAGAACGGGUAAAAGGAUCAACAUGAAAAAGGUUAUUCCAUACAUAGCAAGUCACUAUAGGAAAGAUAAAAUCUGGUUGAGGAGGACAAAGCCAAACAAGCGUGACUACCAGGUUGUUAUUGCUGUGGAUGAUUCACGCAGUAUGUCGGAAAGCGGAUGUGGUGACUUUGCUAUUAGAGCUUUGGCAACUGUGUGCCGAGCAAUGUCACAGCUUGAGAUGGGAAGUUUGGCGGUUGCAAGUUUCGGGAAGAAAGGAAGCAUAAAGAUGUUACAUGACUUUGGAGAGUCAUUCACCACAGAAUCUGGUAUCAAGAUGAUCUCAGGCUUAACGUUUAAACAAGAAAAUCUCAUAGAAGAUGAGCCAAUCUUCAAUCUGCUGAGAAACAUGAAUGAAAUGCUAGAGAGUCUGGCCAGCACAAGACGGCAGUCUUCAGGCAGCAACCCACUUCAACAACUUGUGCUAAUCAUCGGUGAUGGCAAGUUCCAUGAGCGAGAGAAGUUGAAACGAUCUGUGAGAAAGUUUCUCCAGCAGAAGCGUAUGGUGGUGUAUCUACUUCUCGAUAACGCUGAACAGUCUGUCCUGGAUCUGAAGGAGUUUGUGCAGACAGAGAAAACUCUACAGCAAAUGACGUAUAUGGAUUCAUUCCCAUUCCCAUACUACAUUGUACUGAGAGAUAUUGAAGCCUUACCCAGAACACUUGGUGAUGUCCUGAGACAGUGGUUUGAGCUGAUGCAAAGCUCGCGGGACUGAACCCUUGUUGCAUGAGAAAGGUCGAGGGCUGAAAUUUUGUUCGUCUGGUGUGACUCUUUAGCUUUUAGACUUUUGUAUACAUUAUUAUAUAGAAAAUACCAAUGUUAUUCACAUCACAAUUAGAACCAUGAAUGCUGUUUUUUUCUUUCAUAUAUAUAUGUAAAAGGGUCCUCUUCCCUUCUCUU